AUGAAACAUACUCCGAAUAGUAUAGAAGCUUGUGCUCGGAGUUUCAAUCGAAGUAUUUUUUUCUUGUUAUAGUUAACUAAAUUUUCUAUUGGAAAUGUUCACACAAUUUGUUCUCCAGAUGCUUCUGAGAGGUUGCUUCAAAAAUUGUAUUGACCUAGAAAUACAUGAAUGCAGAUAUCCUGAACAAUUUCCCUUUUAUUUGUACAAGUAUAUGGACUAUAAAGUAAAUAAUUGUCUUUUUGUGUUUCUCCAUAGCACCUGGUAAGCCUGGAAACGUUCAGCUGGAACGUAUUUCAUCAACAGAACUCUAUCUAACCUGGACGUCACCAUCUGACCCUAACGGGGUUAUUAUCGGAUACAGGAUUGUCUGGAGCAUUCUGAGAGAUGACAAGAACAUGUCUGUUCCUAACAGUGUUUCAAAGACUGAAAUCAUAAAUAAUGGAAGUACAGUAUCGUUUGGGAUAGACAAAUUAGGUAAGCAUGGUGGUGCAGGUGACUUUGCAAUACUUUUUUAUAUCAUCUUGUAAAUGCCGUUGGUACAAGCAAAAUUAUUAAAGAGACCCUAAGGUUGACGUUUAACAGAAAACUGCUAGUAUGAGAAUAAUUUUGCAAUGAUAUACAUAUGUUUUUAUCAUGAGACCAUAUUGGAAAUGCAAUAAGCAAUUUUCAUGAUAAGAAAAAAACUGGAAUCCUCGCUCUAAAAUUCAUGCUUUCCGGUAGAAGGGUUAAAACAUUCGAUAAGAGCCCCACAUUUUAGUUUUGUAUUCCGCGUGUAUAACUAAUUUAUCUUUUCAGAACCUUAUUCGGUGUACAGGGUAUCUUUAAAUGGCAUGACAAGUAUUGGAAAUGGUACAGCAGUUACUCUCACAGCCCGAACCAACCAAUCAUGUAUGUGUACUGUAGUUUUAAUUUCAAUUCGUUAGAUUCAUGCAUGCAGUCUCUAAUUCCUAACUGGGUGUGUUAAUUAAUACGGUAUCAUCAGCGACAGUGAUGUCUGCGGAGAAUAGGUUGUAAAGUGUAAACUAGAGUACAAUCUAGACUCUAGAGUAUAGUGAAGAUGUAUUCAUGAAGUUCUUGAAUAUUGUUUGGAUAUAUGGUUUUGGGAAUGGUAUCAGAGGACUGAAAAGGAAAAGUAGGCAAUGCACUUCAAAAUUGAUUGUUAAUACGAAAUUGAGAAGUUUCGACCUGGGCGAAUCUUGGGAUGGAUCGUUAAGUUAUAGCCUACGACAGGAAUCUUUUUCGUUUUGGUCGAUUUUUUUUUCAGGUGAAUGCUGAGGAAUUUAGGUUUUGUGUGCCUGUUUUGCCCCGCAGUAGAUAUUUGUAUUGUUUCUUUAAAUUUUAUUGUAUACAAAUGGAAUAAAAUAUAAUCAAGAACUUGUUUGGUCUUAAACUUUACGAUACGUUUAACGGGUGAUAAACGUUCGUGACGUUUCAUUGCAAGAUGAAACAUGCUCCGAAUAUAGUAGAAGCUUAAUAUUUUUUUAUUUGUGCUCGAAGUUUGUUUCAAUUUUGUUAUAGUUAGCUAAAUUUUCUUCUGGAAAUUUUCACACAAUUCGUUCUCCAAAUGCUUCUGAGGGAAUUGCUUCAAAAAACUGUAUUAGGCUAGAAAUACAUGAAUGCACGGAUAUCCCAAACGAUUUCCCUUUUAUUUGUACAAGUAGACUAAGUAAGUAAUUGUCUUUUUGUGUUUCUCCAUAGCACCUGGUAAGCCUGGAAACGUUCAGCUGGAACGUAUUUCAUCAACAGAACUCUAUCUAACCUGGACGUCACCAUCUGACCCUAACGGGGUUAUUAUCGGAUACAGGAUUGUCUGGAGCAUUUUGAGAGAUGACAAGAAUAUGUCUGUUUCUAACAGUGUUUCAAAGACUGAAAUCAUAAAUAAUGGAAGUACAGUAUCGUUUCGGAUAGACAAAUUAGGUAAGCUUGGUGAUGCAGGUGACUUUGCAAUACUUUUUUAUAUCAUCUUGUAAAUGCCGUUGGUACAAGCAAAAUUAUUAAAGAGACCCACAUUUAGAGAAAACUGCUGGUAUGAAAAUAAUUUUACAAUGAUACAUACGUUUUUAUGUAUGAGAUCAUAUUGGAAGUGCAAUAAGCAAUUUUUAUGAUAAGAAAAAAACUGAAAUCCUCGCUGUAAAACGUUCGAUAAGAACCUCACACUUUGUAUGUAUAUAUGCAGUUUUAUAUACCGCGUGUAUAACUCAUUUAUCUUUUCAGAACCUUAUUCGGUGUACAGCGUAUCUUUGAAUGCCAUGACAAGUAUUGGAAAUGGUACAGUAGUUACUUUCACAGCUCGAACCAACCAAUCAAGUAUGUGUACUGCAGUUUUAGUGUAAUGUUUUUAAUUCGUUCGAUUCAUGUAGGCUCUGAUUCUUACCUGGGUGUGCUAAUGCGGUAUCAUCAGCGACAGUGAUGUCUGCGGAGAAUAGUUUGUAAACUAUAGAGUAUAUCAUCUAGAGUAUAGUGAAGAUAUAUUGAUAAGGUUCUUGAAUAUCGUUUGGAUGUAUGUAAGGUUUUGGGAACGGUAUCAGAGGACUGAAAAGGAAAACUGGCCAAUGCAUUUCAGAAUUAAUUGUUGAUAUGAAAUUGAAAGGUUUGCCUGGGCGGGUCUGGGAAUGAAUCGUUACUAUACCACUGGAAAUAUUUGUAAGUUUUGGUCGAUGUGUUUUUUUUCAGGUGAAUGCUGAGGAAUUUAGGUCUGUUGUGCCCCGCGAUAGACAAAUUCGAUAUUCUUUCUUUAAAUUUAUUGUAUACAAAUGGAAUAAAAUUUAAUCAACAAGUUAUUUGUCAAACUUUACGAUAAGUUUAAAGGGUGAAAAACGCUCGUGACGUUUCGUCGCAUCAUGAAACAUACUCCGAAUAGUAGAAGCUUGUGCUUGGAGUUUCAAUCAAAGUAUUUUUCUCUUAUAAUACUUUUUGUUUUUGGAAACACCAUGUAAAUUUAUUACUGCAAAGUUUUCGAUCCGCAAACCCGGAUCUUCAUCAGUGCUAAUAACAUGUGACUUGUUCAAUAAGUAUUAUAUCACAGAAUUCGUUCUCCAGAUGCUUCUGAGGGGAUUGCUUCAAAAACUGUAGGCCUAUUGGGCUAGAAAUACAUGAAUACAAAUAUGCUGAACGAUUUCCCUUUUAUUUGUACAAGUAGAUUAAUUGGCAACUACUGGCAACCAAAAUUUUUAUUACUUAUAUCUAUUAGGUAUACUUACGGAAUAUUCAAUUUCAUAUUUUGGGCGGUUGGUCGCGUUUAGUUGUUGAGAAAAUUUGACAAAAAGUUCAACAGUUGUCCGCCAUUUUGAAAAUAAGCGCGUAUGCUAAUUUAUGCCACAAAAUGCAUUAUCUGACGUCAUUGGCUGGGUAAACACAAUCUCAUGACUACCCAUCCAAUGACGUCACAAAGUUCAUUGACCUUCGAGAUGAUUUUUCAAAAAAAUGUUCCAAGAUGACGGCGAAACACAAAGUUUGCAUGCAUUUUACUCGUAGACUAAAAUGUUCGAGAAGGAAAUGAUAAUAUUUUCUAGUUUGGUCUUCAAGUAGGAUUGAAAUAGCCAAUAAAAAUUUUCAUUGCCAUUGUCCUUUAAGUAAGUAAUUGUCUUUUUGUGUUUCUCCAUAGCACCUGGUAAGCCUCGAAGCGUUCAGCUGGAACCUAUUUCAUCAACAGAACUCGGUCUAACCUGGACGUCACCAUCUGACCCUAACGGGGUUAUUACCGGAUACAGGAUUGUCUGGAGCAUUGUGAGAGAUGACAAGAAUAUGUCUGUUUCUAACAGUGUUUCAAAGACUGAAAUCAAAAAUAAUGGAAGUGCAGUAUCGUUUCGGAUAGACAAAUUAGGUACUGUAAGCAUGGUGGUGCAGGUGACUUUGCAAUACUUUUUUAUAUCAUCUUGUAAUUGCCGUUGAUACAAGCAAAAUUUUUAAAGAGACCCUAAGAUUGACGUUUACAGAAAACUGCUAUAGUAUGAGAAUAACUUUGCAAUGAUACAUAUGUUUUUAUAUCUGAGAUCAUAUUGGAAGUGCAAUAGGCAAUUUUAUUGACAAGAAAACAGCAGGAAUCCUCGCUGUAAAAUUCAUGUUCUCCGAUAGAAAGGUCAAAACGUUCGAUAAGAGCCCCACAUGCAGUUUUAUAUACCGCGUGUACAACUUAUUUAUCUUUCAGAACCUUAUUCGGUGUACAACGUAUCUUUAAAUGCCAUGACAAGUAUUGGAAAUGGGACUGUAGUUACUCUCACAGCACGAACCAAUCAAUCAAGUAUGUGUACUCUAGUUUUAAUGUAAUGUUUUUAAUUCGUUAGAUUCAUCGAGGGGUACGAGAUUUCGAAAUCACGUGAUUUCUAACCUGAUUUCUAAUCUGAUUUCUGUUGAUUUCUAAACGGAUUUCUGUUGAUUUAUAAUGCGAUUUCUUGAUUUCUAACGUGAUUUGACCUGAUUUCCUGAUUUCUAACCUGAUUUCUGUGAGUUAUCGCUGUCAUAUAAGACUGUGGGCUCAAUAAUAACGAAGUUUUAGUGAUUUCUGAUUUCAAAAUUCACUGUAUUAGGCUAGAAAUUCAGUGAAUACAGAUAUCCUGAACAACUUCCCUUUUAUUUGUGCAUGAAACAUGCUCCGAAUAGUAGAAGCAUAAUAUUUUUUUAUUUGUGCUCGGAAUUUGUUUCAAUCUAAGUAUUUUUCUCUUGUUAUAGUUACUAAAUUUUCUUCUGAAAAUUUUCACACAAUUCGACCAAGAAUUGGACCAGGGGAUUGGAUCAGGAAAAACUGUAUUUGGCUAGAAAUACAUGAAUACAGAUAUCCUGAACAACUUCCCUUUUAUUUGUGCAAGUAGACUAAGUAAAUAAUUGUCUUUUUGUGUUUCUCCAUAGCACCUGGUAAGCCUGGAAGCGUUCAGCUGGAACGUAUUUCAUCAACAGAACUCGAUCUAACUUGGACUUCACCAUCUGACCCUAACGGGGUUAUUAUCGGAUACAGGAUUGUCUGGAGCAUUCUGAGAGAUGACAGAAAUAUGUCUGUUUCUAACAGUGUUUCAAAGACUGAAAUCAUAAAUAAUGGAAAUGCAGUAUCGUUUGGGAUAGACAAAUUAGGUAAGCAUGGUGGUGCAGGUGACUUUGCAAUACUUUUUUAUAUCAUCUUGUAAAUACCGUUGGUACAAGCAAAAUUUUUAAAGAAACCCUAAGAUUGAUGUUUACAGAAAACUGCUAUAGUGCAAAAAUAAUUUUCCAAUGAUAUAUAUGUUUUUAUAUAUGAGAUCAUAUUGAAAGUGCAAUAAGCAAUUUUUAUGAUAAGAAAAAAAAUUGAAAUCCUCGCUGUAAAAUUCAUGCUCUCCGGUAGAAAGGUCAAAACGUUCGAUAAGAGCCUCACAUUUUGUAUGUAUAUAUUCAGUUUUAUAUACCAUGCACGUGUAUAACUGAUUUAUCUUUUCAGAACCUUAUUCGGUGUACAGCGUAUCUUUAAAUGCCAUGACAAGUAUUGGAAAUGGUACCGUAGUUACUCCCACAGCUCGAACCAGCCAAUCAAGUAUGUGUACUGUAGUUUUAAUGGAAUGUUUUUAAUUCGUUAGACUCAUAGAUGCAGUCUCUGAUUACUAACUGCAUGGGUGUGUUAAUGCGGUAUCAUCAGCGGCAGUGAUGUCUGCGGAGAGUAGGUUGUAAACUAUAGAGUAUAUCAUCUAGAGUAUAGUGAAGAUAUAUUAAUACGGUUCUUGGAUAUCGUUUGGAUGUAAGGUUUUGGGAACGGUUUCGGAGGACUGAAAAGGAAAACUAUGUAAUGCAGUUCAAAAUUGAUUGUUGGUAUGAAAUUGAAAAGUUUUCCUGGGCGGGUCUGGAGAUGGAUCGUUAUGUUAUACCACAGGAAACUUUUGUAAGUUUUGGUCUAUGUGUUUUUUCUCAUGUGAAUGCUGAGGAAUAAAUUUUUUUGUGCCUGUUGUGGCCCGCGGUAGAUAUUUGUAUUGUUUCUUCAAAUCUAUUUUUAAAAUGGAAUAAAAUAUAAUCAACAAAUUGUUAGUUGUUAAACUUUACAAUAAGUUGAAAGGGUAAAAAAAACGUUUCAUUGCAACAUGAAAUAUGGUCCGAAUAGUAUGGAAGCUUGGGCUCGGAGUUUCAAGCAAAGUAUAUAUUUUUCUUGUUAUAGUUAGCUAGAUUUUCUUUUGGAAAUUUUCGCACAAUUCGGUGCAAAUGCUUCUCAGGGGACUGCUUCAAAAGCUGUUGGGCUGGAAAUACAUGAAUGCAGAUAUCCUGAACGAUUUCUAUUUUAUUUGUACAAGUAGACUAAGUAAGUAAUUGUCUUUUUGUGUUUCUCCCAUAGCACCUGGUAAGCCUGGAAGCUUUCAACUGGAACGUAUUUCAUCAACAGAACUCUAUCUAACCUGGACGUCACCACCUGACCCUAACGGGGUUAUUAUCGGAUACAGGAUUGUCUGGAGCAUUCUGAGAGAUGACAAGAAUAUGUCUGUUCCUAACAGUGUUUCAAAGACUGAAAUCAUAAAUAAUGGAAGUAUAGUAUCGUUUCGGAUAGAAAAAUUAGGUAAGCAUGGUGUUGCAGGUGAGUUUGAUGAGUGGCGAAAAUUCAUUCAUUCGUCAGUCAUGCAGUAAACUUUCCGGGGGGGGGUACAUUUAUGUUCGUAGUGAUUUAUUGUACUUAGUCACUGCUUUGAAGGAUAUUUAGGCAAUUUCGGUUGUCUUAUUUAAUUAUUCUUUUAUGCUUUUGCCAAGUUCACAAAAAUUUCGAGGAAUCGUUAUCGUUAUUGUAAUUUUUUGUAAAUUUUAUAACAUUCGCUUCUCAUGUUGUGUAAAGGAUCUUUACCCCGGAACACCCGAUCUUUUUCUUUAGCAGCGCAAAUGCGCAUGCGCUAUCAAGCCGUAGAUCGCGAUGUAUUGUUUUCAAAUGUAUAUUAAACAUUUCAGACGUGAAUAUUGAGUAAAUCUUGGAGAAUCUACCGAAUAUAUACAUACAUACAUACAUACAAAAUACUUUAUUUUGACACGCUAGCCUCAUCAACAUCAGCUGUUUUUCAUGCGGGGCGUGUUAACUAACUAAUUACACAAAUAAUAUAUACAAAAUAAAGUUACAUGAAGCAUACAAAGACUAACAGGUAGACAACAAUAUAUAAACGAAACAAAUAAAUAUUAUUGAGGACAGAUCAGCUUCACCUCGCCGUAGAUUUUAUAAUUCUCUUGAAUGAAUAAACGGAAUCAGCGCUUUUUGCUUCAAUAGACAGAUUAUUCCAAUGGAUAGCUCCAUUGUAUUUAAAACUUCUUUUAAGAAAUUCUUUCUUUGGUUUUGGUAAUACUAGAUCAGUUUCACGAUUCCUAACAUCAUAAGGGGAAUCGCCUUCACUGCAUCGUCGAAAUAGUUGUUUUAAAUUUGGGGCGGCAUGGUCAUUAAUUAUUUUAUACAUGUAAAUAGAUUUUGUAUAGUUGCGUCUCUGGUCUAAGGAUUCCCAACCUAACAUAUUCAGCACAUCAACAGAUCGAAUAUCAAAGGUAGACCUGGUUAUAACUCUCGCAGCGCGAUUAUAUAAAUUGAUGUUAUGCAUUACGGGCAUUCAAUUAAGUGCCGAUAUUAUUUAGACGGUAUAUUCAAAAUACAGAGCUAGCCUAGGAAGGAGCGAGACAGUGUUGUUUUCAAAUAUGUAAACAUUUCAGACAUGAAUAUUGAGAAAAUCUUUGAGAUUCUACGCAAUAUAGGCCUAUAAAUUGAUGUUAUGCAUUACCGGUGUCCCUGGAUUUUCGCCUCCCCUAAUUAAGUGCCGAUCGAAAAAUUGCAUCAGAUCAACAUAGGCAGAGCGUAAACAACUAUUAAACAGAAGCGGGUGAUUGUAUGGCGUUCACGAAGAAAAUAACUUCAGUUCAGUCUGAGCUCUUUAUUUAAACGAGAAAGACGAGGAGAUAACUAACGUGUUAUCGCCAAUCGCUUGGCUCGCCAACAAACUUUAUGCAAUAGAAGAAAAAGGCAAUGAGGUAGCCAACGCGUACCGUCACGGACCUUGUUUACUGUCUAGCACAACGGUGCAAACUCGUGUUCAGUGCAACGAUAACUUUACCAGAUCUUACGAGAGUCUAUCUGUAUCAAAGCUUGUCAAAACUGCUAUAAACACUCCCAUAACUGUGAAACUAUUGAAAUCUAAAGUGACAUUAUUGAAUAUAUGCGAAAAGUUGAAAAUGAGACAUGACACUGAGAAUAAUAAGGUCAAUGAGACUUGUUAUUGUGAAACAUGUCACAAUUAGGUUAAAAUGCAGAAGCGGACGGAGCGGUCCACGGAACGGAUAUGGGAAUAAAAUACGCAACGGAUGGGGAUAAAAUGAUGAAAUUAUAGCUAUAAUAGUUAUAAUUAGCUUACAGUAAUGUUUAUUUCCCAAACCGGUUUGACGUACUUUUUACAAAUGGCCAAUCACAUGCGAGAUUCAAAUUCUGAACCUAAUCAAGUGUGGAAGUGGGAUUUGCAACCGAUGUGACCAGAGGCUCUUCCUUCUCACCUCUUGUUUAUUUUGCCUCGCAAAGAGCCUCUGGAACCAGGGUAGCAUAUCAGUAGCCUCGUGGGGAUGCUUUUAGCGACAGCUGCAAAUGCAAAUGAAGUUUUAGAAUAUGCAAAAUUUGGUUGUUGGUGAAACAAUUUAAAUUUCGAGUUGUCGCGUGUAGCAUCACAAUAAAUAAAUAAAUUGUAUCAGUUCCACGAGGCACGACGUUUGAUGUGUUAGGCUUGUUUCAAACGUCGCGCUACUCGUGUGCCGAACGCAUUAAAAACAAUAGGUAAUGCCUUUGGUAGCUGUUUAUUUCGUAGUGUAAGCCAUCAGCUUUUCUAGGUUGUCGGCGACCCUAUACAGUUCUUGCAGUGUCUUCUUCAAUUUGAAACUUCACACUAUCCUUGGAUCCCUCGUAUAUAUAAAUGCUGUUGGUACAAACAAAAUUAUUAAAGAGACCAUAUAAGAUUGACGUUUAGAGAAAACUGCUCGUAUGAAAAUAAUUUUGCAAUGAUACAUAUGUCUUUAUAUAUGAGACCAUAUUGGAAGUGCAAUAUAAGCAAUUUUUAUGAUACGAAAAAACUGGAAUCCUCGCUCUAAAAUUCGUGCUCCCCGGUAGAAUGGUCAAAACGUUCCAUAUAUAAGAACCCCACAUUUUGUACGUACAGUAGUUUUAUAUACCGCGUGUAUAACUAUUGAUUUAUCUUUUCAGAACCUUAUUCGGUGUACAGCGUAUCUUUGAAUGCCAUGACAAUUAUUGGAAAUGGUACAGUAGUUACUCUCACAGCUCGAACCAAUCAAUCAAGUAUGUGUACUGUAGUUUUUACGGAAUUCGUUAGAUUCACGCAGUCUCUAAUAGGUUUUAAUUUGUGUGCCUGUUGUUGCCCGCUGUAGAUAUUUGUAUUGUUUCUUUAAAUUUAUUGUACAAAUGGAAUAAAAUAUAAAUCAACGACUUUUUUGGUAAUUGUUAAACUUUUUUGUUUUAGGCCCCCCGUUUACAUGAGACCGGAACGAAGUCAAACCGGGACCAUUUCGUUUCUGUCAUAGUAUUAUCUAUAAUAGAUGUUUACAUGAGACCGGGAUGAAAAUAACUCAGACCGAUCUCAGUCAUUCCGCCUGCUGGACCGACCCGACUGACUUCAGGCCGGCAUGAAUUCAGAGUGGGAUGAAUGUAAACAAAUACAUUUCAGACCUGUCUCGGCUGUAACUAUUGGAACAACACAUGCUAACAAAAGCCAUACAAAAAAGAAAAUUGCCUGGCAAGGGGAAUAAAUUGAAAAUUUUGUGAUUUUCGUACUGGUCUCAUGUAAACAUGUUGACAAUUUCAAUUUUCAAUUCGGUUUGACUUCGUCCCGGUCUCAUGUAAACGGGGUCUAUAACGUUCAAUUGUCAGUUGGUCAUGCUAGAAAUAUUUUCGGCCUAUCAGUUUUAAUUUUAGCUACCGUGCUAAGAAUAAAGUCCUACCAAAAUUUUAUACCCAUAGAAAGUGUAUUCACAUUGCUCUUUUAUCGUUUGCCUUUCAUAAGAUAUAUUAGUAUUUUUGCACAAGCGAAUAUUGACGUAUUAAGCUGUUAUACUCACCUACAGGUGAAUAUAACAAAACCGAAAUUUGCAAAAUGGCGGUUUUGCGGAAGUUACUGAUAAAAUAAGCGACAUUAAAAUAAAUUCAGUCCCAAAAACACAAAAGACUUUUGUAAAACUCAGUCCCAAAAACACAAAAGACUUGUGUAUAUUCCCCAAUAAUCACCUCGCCUUCGGCUAAUAAUUGUUAUAAAUAUUAUUGGUAAAUGUUGCGUGGUAUCAAUAUACGUAUAUAGUAGGCUACAGUGUUACUCAAAUUUAAUUUCUUUCCUUCUAGCACCGAGUGCGCCACUUAAUGUUCUUGCUUCCAAUGAUAGUUCUACUCGGCUCAACAUAACAUGGGAUGAACCAGAAAAGUUUAAUGGAGUUCUAACACGAUAUACAGUUUAUUAUAAACUUGUACGGGAUGAUAAUGAUGUCAAAGUGGCAGAAAAGAAGUGGAUGUCCAUAAAUGUAAUGACGACACAAACCAAUGUGACCCUGCGUGACCUUGGUGAGUUUUAUCAAAAUAUUUUAUAAAUGAUUAUAGGUCAUAGAACUUCAGGGGCUGGUUGGUCAAAGCACGAUUAGCGCUAACCGCGUGGGUUAAAUUUAACCCAUUGCUUUGAUUUAUGUAUAUCUGUACGUCUGUUUAUUUGAACAUCUUAGAAAAUUAAACUUCUGAUGAUCCAGACAAGAUUUCUGAAAAUAUAUUUUCAUGUUUAUAAACAAACUGAUGGGAAGUAUAUGUAUAUGCUUCGAAUUUCACGUCAACCCAUGGGGUUAAGCUAACCGACUUUUGAAUUUAACAGCUGGGCCCAGAUCAAGGUUUCUGGCUUAAUUAGCUUUUAAGAUAAUCUUCGUUAUAAAAUUACAGAAUAAAUAUGCAUUGGUUUCGAUUCCUAUUUCGAAUAGAUUUCGUCUAUAUUUUGCCUAAACGUUUUCGUUCGAUUUUCUUAUAGUUUAUAGCUACCUUUCAGUCAGUUGAUAAACAUGAACAUUCGUAUGAAAGUUAACAUUUUAUAAGAACGUUAAUUUAACUUAAAGGGAUACGGCAAUAUAUUUUUUUAUUAUUUCAUUUUAAAGAACUUUUAAAAUUAUAUGUUAAUCUCCUUUACCGAUUUUGCGUAACUUUAUUAUUUCUUGAAAUAUUUCGACUUAAAAUAAUUUGCUGUCCGCCAUCUUGGAUUAAUUUUUAUCUCAUUAUCGGUGAUUUUAGUGACGUCAUAAGCAGGGUUAGCCAUAUAAAACUACAUCUAAAUGACCAAAUAACAUUAAGUCUUGUUUGAAAAGUCGUCAGACAGUUUUUAGUGUGAAGUUUCACUUCACACUAUUGUGAUGGCUGGCGAAUUCACACGAAUCAGUCAUAGAGUAAACUUUCCGGGGGGUGUAUACGAUUUAUGUUCGUAGUGAUGUAUUGUACUUAGUCAGUACUUUGAAAGUUAUUUAGGCAAUUUCAGUUAACUUAUUUACAUAUUCAGUUAUCCUUUUGCCAAGUUCACAAAAAUUUCGAGGAAUCGCUUUCGUUAUUGUAAUUUUUUGUAAAUUUUAGAACAUUCGCUUCUCAUGUCGUGUAAAGGAUCUUUACCCCGGAACACCCGAUUUUUUCUUUAGUAGCGCAAAUGCGCAUGCGCUAUCAAGCCGUAGAUCACGAUGGCGUGACGAUAUGCUAGGAAGGAGUGACAGUGUUGUUUUCAGAUGUAUAAAGAUUUUAGUCGUGAAUAUUGAGUAAAUCUUUGAAAAUCUACGCAAUAUAUAAAUUGAUCUUAUGCAUUACGGACGUUCAAUUAAGUGUCGAUAAUAUUUAGCCGGUAUAUUCAUUAUACAGAGCUAGGAAGGAGCUAGACCGCCUAGACAGUGCAGUCAAGUGUAUAAACAUUUCAGACGUAAAUAUUGAGUCAAAAAUCUUGAUUCUAGCCAUUCAAUUGUGUGCCGAUAUUAUUUUCACGGCAUACUCAUUAUACUGAGGUAUAGUACGUGUAGGCAGAAGCGAGACAGUGUUGUUUUCAAGACGUGAAUAUUGAGUAAAUCUUUGAAAAUCUACGCAAUAAUAGUAAUACAAUAUAUAAAUUGAUGUUAUUCAUUACCGUCGAUAUUAUUUAGACCGUGUAUUCAUUAUACAUUGUCAUUGAUUGUAUAAGGUGCUACAUCACAGAAUAGGUGGCUACACUCAGUACAAAGAGCGAAAAAUUGCAUCAGAUCUGUAUCAGAUCAAAGCAUAAACAACUAUUAAACAGAAGCGGGUAAACGUUUGACGUUGCGAGACUAAAGAAAUCAGUUGAGCCAGAGCUCCUUAUUUGAAUAAGAAAGACGAGGAGAUAGCCAAUGUGUUAUCGCCAACGUGUUAUCGCCAAUCGCUUGGCUCGCCAACAAGCUUUAUGCAAUAGAAGAAAAAAGCAAGGAGGUACAUAUAGCCAACGUGUACCGUCACGGACCUUUGUCCUUGUCUUUGUUUACUGUCUAGCACAACGCCGUUGUCAACGGUGCAAACUCGUGUUCAGUGCAACGAUAACUCUACCAGAUCUUACCAGAGUCAAUCUAUAGUAUUCUGUACACAGAACUGUAUCAAAGCUUGUCAAAAAUGCUUUAAACGCUGCUUAACUGUGAAACUAUUGAAAUCUAAAGUGACAUUAUUCAACACAUGCGAAAAGCUGAAAAUAGACGUGACACUGGGAAAAGUCAAAGGUCAAUGAGACUUGUUAUUGUGAAACAUGUCACGAUUAGGUUAAAAUGCGGAAGCGGAUGGAGCGGAUCCAUGGAACGGAUAUGCGGAUAAAAUACGGAACGGAUGAGGAUAAAAUGCGUCUUAAUGAUGUAACGACGUAGUGCUUAUUAUUCAUAACAUAUGUAUCUUAUACAGCUAUUUCAGUUAUAGUUUACUAGAUAAAUUUAGCAUAGCAGUAGCCUCGUGGGAAUGCUUUUAGCGACAGCUGCAAAUGCAAAUGAGAAUUUAGAAUAUGCAAAAUUUGGUUGUUGGUGAAACAAUUUAAAUUUCGAAUUGUCGCGUGUAGCAUCACAAUAAAUAGAUAAAUUGCAUCAGUUUCACAAGGCAUAUUUCUGAUGUGUUAGGCUUGUUUCAAACGUCACGCUACUCGUGUGCCGAGCGCAUUAAAAGCAAUAAAUAAUGAGAUGAAAUGCCUUUGGUAACUCUUUAUUUCGUAGUUUAAGCCAUCAGCUGGUUAUCAUUCCAUGUUUCGCGCACCAAUAUAGGUUAGGGUUAGGGGUUAGGUAUUAAGGUUAGGGGUUAGGUUAGGGGUUAGGGUUAGGUUUAAGGUUGAGGUUAGGGUUAGGGUGUGUUAUAUGUGUAAGGAGGUAUCUAGUGAACUUUUCAGAACACUAUAAUAUCCAUUACAUAACGUUUACUAUAUUGGUGCGCGAAACAUGGAACGAUUACCCAUCAGUUUUUCUAGGUUGUCGGCGACCCUAUAUAGUUCUUGCAGUGUCUUUUUAAAUUUGAAACUUCACACUAUCCUUGGAUCCCUAGUUUAUUUCAAAUAGUUACUGAAGUAUAUGAUUUUGGGCUCAUAAUAACCAAUUGCUCUAUGGAUAAAAUUCUUGCGUGACCCUGCUUAUGAUGUCACAUGCAUAUCCGCCAAAAUCCAAGAUGGCGGAAAGCUCGCUGAUUUGUGAUUUUUUCUGUUCAAAUAUCUCAAGAAUGAAUAAAUUUACGCAAAAUCGACAAAAGAGAUUUACAUAUAAUUUUACAUUCUUCCAAAUGAAAUAAUAAAAAUAUAUAUUGCCGUAUCACUUUAAAUCAUUCGCGUCCGUAAAGACUAAAGGAAAUAUAAGACAACCAUUUUCGGCUCGUAUUUUUAAAUCCCAUGCAGGUUAAUCGUCAUGUCUAUAAUAUUUGUUUCGAUGUCAUUUCAGAGAAGUACAGCUGGUAUGAGAUCAAAGUGAGUGCUUCAACUGAAGUUGGUGAAGGUGAAAAUACAACUGCUGAAGAAUUUAGAACUGCCGAAGACAGUGAGUUACAUUGUUCUUAUUAGUUACUGUUGAUGCUGUUAAAAUCGUCUGAUGCUAUAGAAAGAAUAAAAUAACAAAUAAGAAGGCAUUGUAGAUUAACGUGUCAAAAUAAGACUUUACUGUUACAACCCAGCAUUUUCUCUUGACGAGCUUUACUUGGUGAUAUAACCGUGUGGUGGGUAGUGGAGGGCGUCGCUGUUUAGACAUAUAGGCAAACAGUUCGGCCAGUUAACUGUUAAAAUUCUACAAUUUUCUUUAACGGAAUCUAGAAGUGGAAUCUUUUUGGUGUCAGGCAGAGUAAAUUAAUAAAGUUAAUUACCAAAAUAACCUACUAAUUAGGGUCACAAUUAUAAAGUAGGACGUGGAUAAAGAAACAUUAAAUAAGUUGAUGGUUCAUUCUGUGGCCAUAGUUUCUGAUGCUCUUUUCCACAGUCUGUCCUACACGUUUCAAAUUCCCAAGGGUGGGUUGACUACAAAAUGAUGUAGUUUCCCACAGCUACUUCAAAAAAAUGUAAUCAGCUACAACUACUGCCACUUGUCAAGAAUGUAAAAGCUAAACUAAACAACAUUAUCUACUUGCAGUGGGAUUUGGCGUGAUUCUAUUUCACGUCUGGUCGAGUGAUGAGAAAUUUGAAACUGAUUAGUAGCGAAUAGCGGUUGUUGCUUGAAAAGUAAACUACUUCCCUACUGAGAAAAUGUAGUUUGCUACAGCUACAACAACCUCGUACGCAUGCAGGCACUUUCCACUACGCUCCUCGCCUUAUCUGUGUUAUAACAUAAUGCGUAAUAUGGAGUGAGACCUAAAUGAUGCUAAAAGUUUUAAAAGACAUUCUAAAACAGAGUACAAAACUUUCACCCAGCUAAAGCAAGGACACAUGCAAUAUAUAUACAAUUUUAUAUAAACAUUGAUCAUGUUUCACUGGGGAAACAAUCGACUGCAAAUGAAUACGCUCAUAAAUACCCAAAAUGGAGGAUUUGUUAUACAGAAUAUCGAGCUAAAUACGCUGUUUAUUAAUGAACUUAUUUAUGAACAGUUUCAGUUUAACAAAAUUGGAAAAUGGACCACACCACACAAAUUGGAAAAUAGACCCGAAAAGCACUUAUUUAAUCGCUCACAAAUAUCAAGUAAUUUCUAAUCAUGAUACUAGUUAAAUAAAUGUUCUCCCGAAAACAACACUCAAGAGCAAUUUUCUGAAGAUUCUGUCUGUUCUUGUUGAUAUAAAACUAAACCCGAGGCUGUGUCGUUGAGUGAGUUUUUAAAAGAGUUUAAUUUCAAACGUCCAGCCAGGCCUUAUUAACAGUCCCUUAGAAUAACCGUUAUGACGUAUUUUAUGAAAAAUACAUGCUAAUAAAAACGUCGUUUCAUGGUAGUCCUUUGUUAGCCUCUUCCGCAGGCCUCUCAGAUUCCUCGGGUGAGAUGCCUGCGGAGGAGGCUAGUCCUUUGUGUUGCUUUAUUCACACUCCUUGUAUUGUUUUAAACUCCGUAGCAAUCUCGUACCCACAGCCAUCGUUGAGUGGCUCUGGGUACGAGAUUGACUCCGUAGCAAUUCUAACGCCACAUUUGCCUUCCCUACCCCCCGUAAGUCCCAAUUGUUAUCUCCCAAAUUCUGGGAGACACGUGACCAGGGUCUUUCCCACCAGCGAAGAGCGUGGUUGAAAGAGCCUGGAUACCAUGUUGCAGCUACAAUUACUGUUUUAAAAAAGUAGUCAAAAACUACUCGCAAUUCACUAUCUAAAGUAGCAAAUUACAACUAUUUCGCGACUACCUCCCCCCCCCCCCCCCCCCAAUUCGAAACAAUGUUCAAUAAUAGUCACGCUUUCCGCCGAUUGUUUACGAUGCUAAAUCGAUUAGAUGAUUAACCUAUAGGUGCAGCUCUGCGUUUUUCAACGUGAGAAACAACGUGAGUUUUGUUCGUAACGCGUACACUCCCUUUCUUUAUAGAACCUGGUGUUCCAGAUAAUGUUAAAUUGUCGAGUGCAUCUUCCUCUCAACUUAACUUGACCUGGCAGAAACCUGGGGACCCUAGUGGGAUCAUUAGAGGAUAUGUUGUGACAUGGAUAAAAGUUUCAAACGACAGAAAUGAAAAGUUUAAUGGUACUUUGAAACGACGAAUAAGUGGCGGAAAGGAUACUUGGUUUGUUAUAGAUAAUCUUG